CUGAGCAGUCAAGAGUAUUUCUUGUUCUGAGGUUACCAUUCUGAACACCUCUCUGGCUGCUGAAUUUCGGAGGCCAUCAUAGCUUGAUUCGAUUUCUCAGUUCCGGGCAUUAGAUAAGCCCCCUAAGCUGGGGUGGCAUUGGUCCCCUGAUGGCUCCCCCUGUCAGCUGCUUCCUGUUUGUGGUGCUGUUUUCUGCCAGCUGUAAAGUCAUCACCUCCUUGGAUAAGAAUUGCACAGAGAAAGAAGCCAACAAAACGUAUAACUGUGAAAAUUUAGGUCUCAGAGGCAUUCCUGACACUCUACCAAACACAACAGAAGUUUUGGAAUUUGGCUUUAAUUUCUUGCCCACAAUUCAAGUUACAACUUUCAGCAGACUCAUAGAUCUUAUCUUUUUGGACUUAACCAGAUGCCAGAUUAACUGGGUACAUGAAGACACUUUUCAAAGCCAUCAUCAAUUGAAUACAAUUGUGUUGACUGGAAAUCCCCUGAUAUUCAUGGCAGAAACAUCACUUAAUGGGCCCACAUCAUUGAAGCAUCUUUUCUUAAUCCAAACAGGAUUAUCCAAUCUCCAGUUUAUCCCAGUGCACAAUCUGGAAAACUUGGAAAGUUUGUAUCUUGGAAGCAACCAUAUUUCUUCCAUUAGGCUCCCAGUAAACUUCCCAACACAGAAUCUGAAAGUUCUGGAUUUUCAGAAUAAUGCUAUACACUAUCUCUCUAGUCAAGAUGUGAACUCUCUGAAGCAGGCCACCAACUUAAGCCUUAACUGCAAUGGCAACGACAUUAAAGACAUUGAGCCUGGGGCUUUCCGUUCCAAAGUCUUCCAAAGUUUGAAAUUUGGAGGCACUUUUGACUUGUCCGUUAUAUUAAAAGGCCUACAGAAUUCUACUACUCAGUCUCUCUGGCUGGGAACAUAUGAAGACACUGAUGAGCAAGACCUUACUUCAGCCAUGCUUGCAGGACUUUGUGACAUGUCUGUGGAGAGCAUCAACCUGCAGAAGCACCAUUUCUCUAAUUUGUCAUCUACCACCUUUCAGUGCUUUACACGACUCCAGGAGUUGGAUCUGACUGAAACUCACUUGAGAGAGUUACCCUCUGGGAUUGAAGGCAUGAACUCUCUCAAGAAACUAGUUCUCAAUGUAAAUAAGUUUGACCAAUUGUGUCAAAUCAAUGCCGCCAGUUUCCCAUCCCUUACAGACCUCCAUAUCAAAGGUAACCUACAAAAACUUGACCUCGGUGUUGGGUGUUUGGAAAAACUAGAAAAUCUUCAGAGACUUGAUUUAAGUCACAGUAAUAUAGAGGCUUCUGACUGCUGCAAUCUGCCCCUCAAGAACCUGUUCCACUUGCAGUACUUAAAUCUGAGCUACAAUAUGCCCAUCGGUCUCCAGAGUGAGGCGUUCCAAGAAUGUCCUAAGCUACAACUCCUGGACUUGGCAUUCACCCACUUGCAUGUUAACGCUCUACAACGUCCUUUCCAAAACCUCUCUCGCCUGCAGGCUCUGAAUCUCUCUCACUGCCUCCUUAAUACCAACAAUCAACACCUUCUAGAAGGCCUGCUGGAUCUCCGGUAUCUGAAUUUACAGGGAAAUCGCUUUCAAGAUGGGAGCAUCUUAAAGACCAACCUCCUGCAGCCAGUAGGCAGCUUGGAAAUUCUAAUUUUAUCUUCCUGUGAGCUCCUCUCUCUAGACCAGGAAGCGUUCCACAGUCUCGGGAAAAUGAGACACAUAGACUUAAGCCACAACAGCCUGACAGGAAACAGCAUCGGUGCUCUUAGCCACCUGAAGGGGACCUACCUCAAUCUGGCUGCCAAUAGCAUUUGCAUCAUCCCAGCCCAUCUCCUCCCCAUCUUGUCCCAGCAGAGCACCAUUAAUUUAAGUCACAAUCCCCUGGACUGCACUUGCUCAAAUAUUCAUUUCAUAACCUGGUACAAAGAAAACCUGCAGAAACUGGAGGGCUCGGAGGAGACCGUGUGUGCAAACCCCCCAUUUUUAACGGGAGUUAAGCUGUCUGAGGUCAAACUGUCCUGUGGAAUGACGGCCGUGGGCAUUUUUUUUCUUGUCAUAUUUGUAUUCUUACUCACCAUUCUGCUGAUUUUUUCAGUUAAAUUCCUUCUUAGGUGGAAAUACCAGCACAUUUAGUGCUGAAGGUUUCUAGAGGUGGCAAAUAAGUGUGUUCAGCAAAAUUGCCCUAAGUAGACGAACUGUUGUCUAUUACUGACGAGACUUUACAGACCGGUUCCCGGGGCUGGGUGGGGAUUUAUUGUGUUGUUCUGAGUCUCAGAACUAAUGAACGUCUCUGGGAAGUCAACCGAAUUAGGCCAGAGGGCCAGACGCAGCUGUGAGAGACACAGAGCCUUAUGCUCAAAUGGAAGGUGGGUAGAAGUUGAGGGAGGUCCCAUGGCAGGGAAAGGCCAAAAGAGUAACCCACGAGGAGGCCAUCUCCCUCACUCUCAUGUACCUCCUCAAAGCACCUCGCACCCUAACCCUGAAAGGAGACCAUCAACACCCAUGACUUGGUCGUGCUGAGGACCCCAGCUCCCACUCUCCCUCUCACAAUGCAGGCAUUGUGCUUGGGUGUGAGUUCCCAGUGACGUAGCCCUUUGAGAAACUUGUUGGGGAUAAAGUCUUAAUGUACAUUUUAAAUGAAAAAGGGAAGACACAAUAAAUUUAAAAGAAGAGGUUGAGAAAUGAAUCUUGUCAUCAAAUUGACUCCAUGAAUCCUUAGGUGCCUACGGUCUCUACAAGGCCACUGCUUUGCAAAUAGCCACAAAAUAAAUAAAUAAAGACAUCCCCUUAAAAUAAAUAAAGGGACCCCCCUCCCCCAAGGUUUCUGGAUUUUUGCUGCAUUGGCCACCCUCACCUGAGAACCAGGGGACCUCCUCUGUCAACUUGGUGGUGUUGCUCUUUACGUUUUAGAGCCGAGUGGACUGUGGUCCAGCUGCUCUUCUCAUGUGGAUGUCUGGUCCUUUGAAGCUUCUUUCCCACAGGAACUAUGCGAUAAACAGUGGUUUGGUUCCCAGGCCAGCUCUCAAAUUCUUAUUCACCUGGGACAGCAAUUGAGAUAGCACAUUUACAAUGCCAUCUAGAGAAGAAAGCAUCUCCACAUACGAGCUGUCUGUCAGAAACACAAUGAGCUGACUUCGUGAGAAGCAGUUUCUGGUAAGGUUGAGGGGUCAGUUAAGGAAGUAGCAGCGACAAAGAGGGAAUAGGAGCCGUGAAUGCAGAUAGAGACAGAGGGCUGGGAAGCCGGCAGGGUGAUGACUUAGACUCCCCAAGGCCAGGGGUCACCCUCCUGCAGGGCUCGAUCUUUUCAAGUCCGCACUGGCAGCUGUGAGAGCUCUUGUACUCAGGUGCUGCACCUGCAAGGUCUAGAUUAAGUUCUUUAACCAAUUUUAGAUUAGAGAUGGUAACUUAUAGUUAGGAAAUUCUGAUUGGAUCGCACAGCAAAAUUUGAUUAAUAUCCAAUCAGAAUUUCUGAGCCCUUAGCUUAAGGGCAUGACAGUGGGACAUAAUAACAAAGUGGAAACUUGGGGACCAGCUCCUCUUUACCUCUAUAUGCCCAGAUAAAGCAGGAAAGACAAUGGACGAGUGAAGGGGAGCCAUAAAUCUUCACUGCAAAUGCUCUGCUAGGCUCAGGGGAUAUUUUGUACAGUACUAGAUAGGAAGCCAAGUUCCCACGAGUUCUGGGUUAAGGACACAAGGCUGGGGCCAGGAUAAGAGGCGUGAGGCCCUUGCCAUGGGUGUAAAAUUUAAGGGGAAACCAAAAAACUCAGUAAUCAAGACCAAAAAAUUUCAAUGCAAUAUUUUUAAAACUUUAAGUUAAUGCAAAAAAAAAGAUAAAUAAAACAGCAAAAUUUUAAACAAAGACAGGAUCCAAAACAAUGCCAUGCUGACCUAUAUUAGAGCUCGAGGCAAAAGGAAAAAUUAGUAAUACAAGUCCUGCCGUUGUCUAAAAUUCUGAGAGUUUGUUCAGCAUAGAGGUUUUGUGUUAGUGUUUAUUUUGUUUCAUGUUACAUUAAAAUAUUGCUUAUCUUCAUUGCUGAUUUGGUACCCCCUUAAAUUUAGUUCCCAAAGUGGCUGCUGCACUCAUCUCACCCUGUUGCUGCCCUGAGGACUGGUGAGAAGUGAGGAUUCCCAGAGAAUGGACUCGCAGGCCACAGUUUACCAAGGGCCUAUUAGCAGGCACAUUACCUCCGUUUUACUCCAGAGGGUCCAUCUCCUUCCCCUUUACUUUCUGGAAGCAGGGAGAAGUGUUCAAGAUAUUCCACCUUGGUUUCCCUGUCCUGAGCUAACUCCGAACUAACUCCUGAGCUCAAAGACAUCCUUCUUUCAAAGCCAAGAGAGGUGGCAGAGAUGAAUGGGUAGCAAAUCCCUCUGAGCGCGAGGUGGCCAGGGCCUGGUGAGAGGGCAAGGGGAGCUCUACUCUGCUAAUAAAAUGGAACAUUACACAGUUAAUGGCCUUAAUUACCUUGAAUAUCAGCAUUAGGGAAAACAGGAGCCUGAGAAGGGAGUUUGCCUCAGCUUUCCUGAGGGAGUCUUCGAGAGGCAGUCCUUUAAGGAGGUGUGUUAAAGGAGUAAGAAAGUGCUGAAAAUUUGAGGGCAUUUAGACACAGCCCCUGAGCCACCUUUAUUUCUUCCACAAGUCUAGGAUGGUGGAG